AUGAUGGGAGAUAAUGAUGAAGUUGAAACUCAACCACUUACUGUUGAUGAAGAGGAAGUAAUGGAUUCACUGAUCAAAUUUCGUGAAGAAUGCAUAGCUCACACCGGAAAAUGGAAAAAAUUACUGGAUGAAUGUACGGAGCGCGUGAAUUCGAAAGCAAAGACAAAAGAAUCAUGUCAUUACGAAAUGGUUGAUUACAUUCAAGCUCUUGAUCACUGCGCUAUGCCUAAAGCUUUUGCAGCUCUGAAGUAA